AUGGGCAUGUCAGUGACCCCGCAUGAGGGCCGCGGUAACUGCCCCGUCCUCGCCUGCCGCAAGGACCUGACGCAGACCUGCCCCGGCGAGCUGCAGGUGCGUGCGGCGGCGGGCGGCGGCGUUGCCGCGUGCAAGAGCGGCUGCCUGGCGUUCGGAACCGACGAGCUGUGCUGCCACAACGCGUACAACAGCCCGGCCACCUACCGCCCCUCCAAGUACUCGGACUUCUUCAAGAGCGAGUGCCCGCAGGCCUUCACCUACGCCCACGACAACCCCUCCCUCACCCACCAGUGCUCCGCGUCGUGCGAGCUCAAGGUCAUCUUCUGCCACUAG